UAAGCCCAGAGCGAGUGACAGAUACUAGUAGUAUUAUCAUCAGUCUAACUCUUAACCAAGAAGAAGAGAAGUUGGUGGAAGGCAAAAUCGGGCUCAAUUGUCGUUGUUUCUCUAGCGUGUUCAAAAAUGGAUUACAUGUGGGCAGAACAGAAUUCAGGUGCAGGAGGACUUCAGCUGCCGGAAAGUCCAAGACAGCCGAUGGAGUUCCUGUCGAGGUCAUGGAGCGCCUCAGCCAUGAAGGUGUGCAAGGCUGUAGCAGCUCGUCAAACCCCAUCAUUGCUUCCCAAAGGCGCUGGUUUUGCUGCUGCUAACUCCACCGCCUGCAAUGCCGCCCCUGCUGCUGAAAACAUGAACCCCAUCCAGGAGGAGGCGGAGGAUUCUGCUAAGCUUUCCGGCAACACUUUCUCCUUUGCUUCAUCUGCGACUUCUCAACUGGUCCUUGAACGCAUUAUGGCUCAAACCGAAGUAUCGCCUCUAACUUCAGGAAGGUUGUCGCACAGUAGCGGACCUCUGAACGUUUGCCUGACUGAUGAAACUGACAGCCCUCCCAUUUCACCUUCUGAGGAAUUCGAAGACGUCAUUAAGUAUCUACGCGUAAACAACAGUCUGCAACCGUUGUUUACGGGCGGCACCCGGAAUGGUUAUAGUGGUGGUGGUGGUGGUGCUAGCACACCUGGUGGCAAGACAGUUGGGAGGUGGUUGAAGGAGAGGAGAGAGAAGAAGAAAGAAGAAAGCAGAACCCAGAAUGCUCAGCUUCAUGCCGCUGUAUCAGUUGCUGGAGUGGCUGCAGCUGUAGCUGCCAUUGCAGCCGCCACCGCAGCAGCAUCUUCCACCACCGGAAAGGACGAACAGGUCGCCAAAACGGAUAUGGCUGUUGCUUCAGCGGCAACAUUGGUAGCUGCUCAGUGCGUGGAAGCCGCAGAAGCUAUGGGAGCUGACCGCGAACACUUGAUCUCAGCAAUUAGCUCUGCCGUUAAUGUUCGCUCCCAUGGAGAUAUCUCAACUCUAACUGCUGCUGCCGCCACAGCUCUGCGAGGGGUGGCUACAUUGAAGGCAAGAGUUCUAAAGGAAGUAUGGAAUAUUGCAACGGUGAUUCCUGUGGAGAGAGGGAUUGGUAUAGGCGGUAGCGUCCGGAACAACAACAAUAACGAUUUUGCUAAUUUCGGUGGCUACGGUGAAGGAUUUGUUCCAGAAGAGAACUUUUUGGGCGUUUGUAACCAAGAAUUGCUUGCUCGGGGAAGGGAGCUUCUCAAACGAACCCGGCAAGGGGAUCUGCACUGGAAGAUUGUCUCGGUUUACAUUCAUAGAACGGGGCAGGUGAUGCUGAAAAUGAAGAGCAAACACGUAGCCAGCACCAUAACCAAGAAGAAAAAAAACGUAGUGUUAGAUGUUUGUAAAGACAUGCCGGCGUGGCCAGGGAGACACCUGUUCGAGGAUGGAGAACAAAGGAGGUACUUUGGCCUGAAGACGGAAGUGCGUGGAAUCGUGGAGUUUGAAUGCAGGAAUCAGAAGGAGUAUGACAUUUGGACUCAAGGUGUUUCAAGGCUUCUAUCUAUUGUGGCUGAGACGAAAAAGAGAUUUCACAAGUAGAUAACAAGAUUAUAAAUGGAAGUAAGACUGGUGGAGCGGAUGCAGGGGCGAAGAAUUAAUUACCAGCUCAAUUCACAUCAAGGUAGAACAGGAACCUUGUGGAAUGUGCUUCAUUAGCCAAGGGUAAACUUGUUCCAAAAUCUAGAAAAGUACCACAUUAAUCUGCAAACAAUGUGGUAACUUGUAACUCCAUCUUCACUGUUUGUGUUUAAAGAAUCCAGCCGGUUCAGAAACCGAAAACAGUGCACGUCCUACUUUGGUUUAUAUCAAGAAAAUGAAAACGGAGUUAGAAUGUA